UGCCACAAGAGCUGCAGGCUGUGGCCAGAGGAAGCCUGCAGUUUGUAGUGCAGAUGUCAAGUUGUGUAGGUUGCUUAUGUGAGAUAAGUGAUUCCCACUGAUCUUACAAGUACCACAGCUGAAUGAGUCUUAAAAUUGAGAUCUGUAAAGCCGUAUUUUCUGUGGAGCAGCCUUCAAAUCAUCUUAAUCAGUAAAAUUUUGAGUUUGAAGGUGAUGUGUAUGCUGAUCUGGCCAUGAUUCCCGGGCUUGAUAGCAGAGCAUUUGUUGAAGUUUAAUGUCUGUUGGCAUAUUCUUUAAAUAGAUCUUUCUUUUUAAGAGGGGAAAAAUCCAGAAGGAGAAUGUAUUUGUAAUAUUUACUUACAUCUUACAUCAAAACAUCUCUACUCUGAAAAAAUGAAAUAGCUAUUUUCAGUUUGGAGUUGUUUCUAUUUUUUUUUUCUUUUAAGGAGGAGAGGUUCAGGGUUGUGCUACCUUUUUUUUUCCCCCAGUGUCUUUUCUGAAAGGUGGCUUAGGUUGUUUGUGGGAAAUGUGACAUUAUUGGUUCUUGGCAUUUCAGGGGAGCUUGAAGUAAAUCUGGCAUAUUGUUUUAUGCAUUCCCUUCUGCACUGAGUAUCAGGAGUAAUUCAUGUCCUUGGCAGCUACAUCAACAUGUGAAACUAAACAAAAGACCAAUAAUAGCAGAAGCAAGAAAGUGAGAAUUGAGCACUUCAUUAGUAAACUUUCUUUCUGUCAUGAGUAAAAUGGGCAAAUAGUGCAGCCUCUCCUUAUCUGUUACCACAAGUCCCUUCAUGCUGGAAACGUUCAUGCCAAAGAGAGCUGUUUGUACAUCUCUGUGUGUUUGUGAGUGUGGGAACAAGCAAACAUACACUGUGGAUCUGUGUAGAGACUUCAAAAAGUUUCCAUUUGUUUAAUAAUUUACCCUACUUUAAACUUAUGCUUCCAAAAACGCUAUAGUAGGGUCUCACUUUUACCCACUGCAAACGUUAAAUACGUGGUUUGCCUGCCUGGCAGUGUGAAGCAAUGUGUUCGUUGUUACUUCUGCAAUAGAAGGGUCACUCACAUCUGUUGGUUCAGAGAUUACCACAGUGUGCAUCCUAUGGUAAACUAAGCAGCAACUCCAGCACGGGCUGUUGAAGAAACAUUUAUUCUAUUUUGAGCCAUGCUUAGUCAUCCCCGUUUGGCCUCUAACGGGUUACAGGCAUUACUUGUUAUUCUCUCUUAGUAAAGCUGAUGGAGAAGUUAAUGAGAAGGCCAGUUUGUGAGAAGCAGUUUGUGGUGAGUGUGAAUUCAUAUCCCGUGUGUUGUGUAGUGCCAGCGGAAAUCGGAGAAUACACUGCACAUUUCCUUGUGUGUUGGUAAAACUCACAGUUUGCAUCACGCAGAAUUAAAAUGCUUUCUAUGGGGACUUCUGCUUCUGAUGCCAGGACUCUUUUGAAGACCUCAUUUGUUGCCUGGUUUAAAGGAAGAUGAUGUUGUUAGUGAAUUCUGAGCAUCCUUCAGGAGGCUGAUGACCCUUCUGUUGUUGGUGUGUGCUGUCAUGGACAACUUCAAAUGCUCCUUUCCAAAACACCACAGGCAGUUAAUGCAGCUUAUAAAGGACUCCUGACUUUUUGCAUCUUCCUAAGUCCUAUCUAGAUGCCACCAGUGUUUCCCAUGUUAACAGUUCUGAGCAUGUUUUACUACAUGUGCCUUCGGCGCCGAGCUAGGACAGCGACGAGAGGAGAAAUGAACAGUCGGAGGGCUAUUGAAUCGAACACCCGAGCCUUACCUAUCAACGUUGAAAUAGUUCAGUAUGCCAAAGAAGUGUUGGAUUUCAGCUCUCACUACGGCAGUGAGAACAGCAUGUCCUAUACCAUGUGGAAUUUAGCAGGGUUUCCCAACGUGUAUCCUAGUUCUGGUGACUUUACCCAAACUGCUGUCUUUCGAACUUACGGCACGUGGUGGGAUCGCUGCCCGAGUGCUCGGCUGCCUUUCAAGAGGACACCAUCCACCUUCUGUAGCCAGGACUAUGUGGAACUUGCUUUUGAGGAACCAGUUUAUCCCACUGCAGUGCACAUUCUGGAAACCUAUCAUCCUGGAGCUGUAGUCAGGAUUUUGGCAUGCUCUGCAAAUCCUUACUCACAAAAUCCACCAGCUGAAGUAAGAUGGGAAAUACUUUGGUCUGAGGCACCUACAAAGGUGAAUGGUCCUCAGGCUCGGCAGUUCACACCUUGUAUCAAACAGAUAAACUUUCCCACAAACUUGAUCCGGCUGGAAGUGAACAGCUCUCUUCUGGACUAUUACACUGAAUUGGAUGCAGUAGUACUACAUGGUGUGAAAGAGAGGCCUGUGCUUUCACUUAAGACUUCAAUGAUUGAUAUGAAUGAUAUAGAUGAAGAUGAGGAUGAAGAAAAAUUUGCCUGUGGAAUGGAUGCCCUUAAUAAACAGUUCAGCAUUGUUACCCUCAGGGAAUGGCCAACUAAUGGAUAUUUUGAUAAACUGCCUUAUGAGCUCAUCCAGUUGAUUUUGAGUCACCUUACAGUACCAGACCUGUGUAGACUAGCACAAACUUGUAAGCUACUGUAUCAACAUUGCUGUGACCCUCUACAGUACAUUCAUCUCAGUUUACAACCUUACUGGGCAAGGAUUAAUGACACAUCCCUGGAGUACCUACAGUCUCGCUGCACGCUCAUCCAGUGGCUGAAUUUAUCUUGGACUGGAAACAGGGGAGCCAUCUCUGUUUCUGGAUUUAGCAGGUUCCUGAAAGUCUGUGGCUCUGAACUAGUACGUCUUGAGUUGUCUUGUGGCCAUUUCCUCAAUGAAACAUGCUUGGAGGUCAUCACUGAAAUGUGUCCAAAUCUUCAGGAAUUAAAUCUCUCAUCGUGUGAUAAAAUACCACCUCAGGCUUUCAACCACAUAGCCAAAGUGGGCAGCCUAAAGCGUCUCAUUCUCUACAGAACAAAAGUGGAGCAAACAGCCCUGCUCAGUAUUUUGAACUUCUGCUCGGAGCUGCAGCACCUCAGCCUGGGCAGCUGUGUCAUGAUUGAAGACUAUGACCUUAUAGCAAGCAUGAUGGGAGCAAAAUGCAAAAAGCUUCGCAGUCUGGAUUUGUGGAGAUGUAAAAACAUAACUGAAAGCGGGAUCGCGGAAUUGGCUUCGGGCUGCCAGCUUUUGGAAGAACUUGAUCUCGGGUGGUGUCCUACGCUCCAGAGCAGUACAGGCUGCUUCACAAACCUUGCGCGCAAACUCCCGAAUUUGCAGAAGCUCUUUCUUACGGCCAACAGGUCUGUGUGUGACACAGACAUCGAGGAGCUCGCUGCCAACUGCACGCACUUACGGCAGCUGGAUAUAUUGGGAACAAGGAUGGUGAGCCCUGCAUCUUUAAGAAAAUUGCUGGAGUCUUGUAAAGAUCUUUCUUUACUCGAUGUGUCCUUCUGUUCACAGAUCGAUAAUAGAGUUGUGCUAGAACUGAAUGCCAACUUUCCUAAUGUGUUCAUAAAAAAGAGUUUCACCCAGUGACUCCCUACAUAUGCUGCUGUGGAACUCGUUUGACAGAGUUGUUUUCCUGUAAAUUUCUGCUGUUUUUUUUUUUUUUUUAAGGAGAAUAUAAAUCUGCUAUAAAAUGGUGGAAAAUAUUAAUUAUCUACACAAAUGGGUAAAAUACAUUUAAAUGUAUUAUGCUUCUUAAAGUUGAUAUUGUACCUAAGAAUUAUUUUACUCUGUUAAUUGGUGGCACUGCAUGUUUUUAAAUACUAGCCAUAUGUCUGGCUUUAAUGAGAAA